CUCGCAUGGCGGGGAUGGAGACGUUCAUCGAUGGAAGCACUGAGACAGGCAGAGUGAGGGAGAGUGAGAAUUUUUCUUUACGAAGCGUGCACACACGCUCUCACACAGACACAGAUAUGACCAAGACAGCAGCAAUAGCAGCAAAGGACUUCACCAGUAUGUGGUUGCCAGACAUCAGGAUGUCAAAGCCAGUAGAGGGUGAGAAAGUAGGGGCUGACUCACCACUGGAGGGCACAAAUUCAGAGCGGAAUGGACCUGAAUCAAAUCACCAGGCUCAGUCAAUGAAAGUCAAUCCCUUUACCCUUUCACCAACCCUGAGCAGCAGCAAGAAUAAGAUGGAGGAGUGUGGUGAGAUGUCCCCGGCCCUUCCUCUGUCUCAUGGCCCAACCCCCUCACAAACAGCCCUGCAACAUACACAGCUCAUGCUGACCGGCUCACAACUAGCAGGGUUGACAGCUCUGUUGCCAGCACAGCAGCAGCUGUUGCUGCAGCAGGCUCAGGCACAGCUCCUGGCUGCAGCUGUACAGCAGUCCAGUGCAGCCCAUGCUGCCCAUGCAGUCGCCCAAGCCAGUCAGCAAGCUCAGGCAGCAGCUGCAGCAGCAAAUCAGCAAGCCCAGCAGCAGCAGGCAGGACUAACAGGCCAGCAGGCCCAGUCGCAGUCCCAGGGGCAGGGACAGAGCACACAGGAACAGGCAGCCCAAAGUGGCCCUGUCCCACCUCCUCCACCGCAGCUCACCCUCUCCCAGCCAAUCCAGCUCACAGCCCAGGACAUCCAGCAGUUGCUGCAGCUUCAACAGUUGGUGUUGGUGCCUGGCCACCCGCUCCAGUCUCCUGCCCAGUUCCUUCUCCCACAGGCACAGCAGGGUCAGCAAGGACUCCUAUCAACACCAAAUCUUAUUUCGCUACCUCAGCAAAAUCAAGGGAGCCUGCUCUCUGCUCCAACUAGAAUGGGACUCCAAGCACAGCGUGAUAAAUGUGCAGAUGUGGGCGGCGGUGGAGGCGUGACCACAAUGCCAUCAGUAACAUCUCACCCUGAGGAGCCCAGUGACCUGGAGGAACUGGAACAGUUCGCCCGCACUUUCAAACAGAGACGCAUCAAACUAGGCUUCACACAGGGAGAUGUAGGCUUGGCCAUGGGGAAGCUGUAUGGCAACGAUUUCAGCCAGACGACCAUCUCCCGCUUUGAAGCCCUCAACCUGAGCUUUAAGAACAUGUGCAAGCUGAAGCCACUGCUUGAGAAGUGGCUCAAUGAUGCAGAGACCAUGUCCAUAGACAGUACCCUGCCCAGCCCUAGCUCCCUGUCCUCUCCCUCACUCGGCUUCGAGGGCGUUCCUGGUCGCCGCAGAAAGAAGAGAACCAGCAUUGAGACGAAUGUACGUGUGGCCCUGGAGCGCUCAUUCAUGACGAACCAGAAGCCUACCUCAGAGGAGAUUCUGCUGAUAGCAGAGCAGCUCAACAUGGAGAAGGAGGUGAUCCGGGUCUGGUUCUGCAACCGCAGGCAGAAAGAGAAACGCAUCAAUCCCACUAGUGCCACCCCUCCCCUGCCGAGCCAGCCCCCCACUGCCCCACACAAACCGCCCUGCUACAGCCCUCACAUGAUGUCCAGCCAGCUGUCACAGGCCGUGACAAGUCUCAGCAGCACAACAGUGACUACCAUGUCCUCCGUCUGCCCCCUGGCGUCCACUUUGACCUCCACCCACCCCUCUCUCAGUUCUGCAACCUCCCCGGUAACUCCUCCUCCUCCUCCUCCUCCCCGCAGCACAGCCAGCCCAGCCACUCCAGCCACUCCCAGCCACAGCACACUGAACCUUAACGCAGGCCUAUGGCGUAUGGGUAAAAAGAACGGUGACGUGUCUAACUACAUCACUGAUUUUGCUGCAAACCUGAGCCCUAGCAGCCAGUGGUGGCCAGCUGCCUCUUUCCAGUCUUGAGGGAGGCAGCCAGGUGGUGCUGGGG